CGCAGAAGCAGCGCUAGGACUGAGCCGUUUAAACUUCGCUUUAAAGGUCUAUGUCGGGAUACCUUACAUGCUGGUUGUUUUCUUGUGGUUUGUUGAGAACCUUUCCUAUUGCACUCGCCAUCAACAUCUUCCAACUCGUAGCUACCUGUGCCUGUAAGAAUGGACUGGUUGCACUGUAAUCAGUGUUACAGAAGGGAAGGGAUCGCCUUCGUUGUCGCUAGCUGUGGACACAUCGUCUGUGAGAGUUGCGUCAACCCCAGUAAAUUUUUGGGUUUAUCUUCCACAGAGCAGUGCACUGUGUGCGGUACAAGCUGUAAUUACCUUCAUAUAUCUGACAAGAUGAAGCCGCAGGAGCAGGCCUACUUCAGUGAUCCAGUGAAGCUCAUGCACUCUCGUCUGGAGCACAUUUCACAAGUUGCUCUCUUCCAGAACAGGCAGAAGGAGAAAAUCACUGCAUAUUUCAAGCAAAAGUCUGUGGAUCUGGAGAAGAGGCUGAAGGAGGUUAAGGAGCAAAGCUACAGGUACUCCGCCUUUGCCUCUGUUCUUCUCUGGGAGGUGUCUGAACUGAGGAGGGAGAAUGCAGAGUUGAAGAAGCCUCUCUCUCAAAGGAGGGUAUCUGUGGGUAAUUUUCAGACAAGCAGCUCCAACAGGAUGUCACGUCCAGUGGCCAUUACCCCUCCAGUUACCCCAGGGCUCCGCUUGCCAAGUACCAUCUGCACUGGUUCUGGGAUGUCCAUAGAGAGGUACAGAGACCAACACUCAGGGAUCAUGACUGGACUCCCAUCAGCUCCAUUGGAACAGCUCACAGAACAGAUCCUGCAACUCCAAACUUCUUCCGGUUCGGAGCUGGCUCAGCCCUCCUAUCCCCUAUCCCAAGAAACAACCAGCACUCUGGCACAGCAUGGAUACAGAACUAGAAGACCAGGAAAGGGAACAAUGGCAGGAUCUAUAAAACCAGAAGAUCCUCACCGUCAUACACACACCACCAGUUUGGGUCCAGCAAGCCCAUAUUUUCACACGUGUGAGCAGUUUAUAUAUGUUAAGACAUGGUGUCCAUUAAGGUUUCACAAGUGUACAGAAGUAAAUGGAGAUGACAGCUUCAUGAAAGUGUAGUCUGUUCAGUUUAUUAGAAACGGGUACAAAAGUCCAGUUCACUACAUUUUUUUUUUUUUUAACAUGCUCGGUACUGAGGUUUACACAGACUUUAACAGCCUCUGAUGUUCCUGCUACAACACUUGCAAAAAACAUUCCAAAAACAUAAUUCUCAUAACAUUACAAAUCGGAGAAUGUUCGUUUUGGACUGAUACACUUGAUUCUAUGGUAGAGUGCCUUAUUCUCUGCAACAAAGCUUCAUGGGGAAGGCAGGGUGGCCCAGCUACAGAACUACACUUCUUAGCUGGUCGUACAGUAUGGUGGGUGAAAAUCUUCAAGGGCAGGGAUCCACAGUUCUAUUGUAAAACUUCAGGGUCAUUGAAGUGUGUGUGCUUCACAUGUCUAACACUGAUCAUG